GGAUGCGGAUGUUAUUGCUUGAAUGGAAAACAAGAGGACGAAGUAAGGCUUUAGAAAAGACAUGAACAGAGCGAGAAAUAACGGAAUCUACGCCGCUGAGACGAUCCUAAAACAGCGAACUAAAGAUGGUAAAGUUUGGUAUCUAAUGAAAUGGAAAGGCUAUUCACCAAGGUUUAAUACUUGGGAACCAGAAGAAAAUGUUUUAGAUGACAGGUUACUGAAGGCAUAUCGAAAGCGGGUUGCAGAAAGCAAAGGGAAGAUCAGGAGAAAGCGAUCUAAGCCAGUGGAAGACGAAGGAAAUCCUUCUGACGAAAAAGCUGAAGUAGAUAUCGAAGGUGUCGAAACUACAGAUGACACACCUACAACUGAAUCAAAACAAUCUCAUGACGAGAUGCCAGACACGUCUACUGAACAGCCAGCGGAGUCGGCGAAAAAAUGGCGAAAAAGAAGAAAAACUAACACAGAUACUUUGACAGAAACUGACCAGAAAAAGGUUUCAGAAACUGUUGUCGAUGAGCCAAGUGCUUGUGCAAGUGUAACCACUGAAACUACAGAAAUAAAGCAAAAUAAUGAGAUAUGUACUACGAGUGAAACAACAGCUUGCUCUCCUGAACACAACAUGACAGAAUUGUCUGUAGAGAUCCCAGAAGAUGAACUUGCUAUCAAAACUAUGCCUAAGUCACCAGACUUGCCAGUCUUAGAGGAAGCUAUCGAUUCUCAAGAGCAAGAAAACCCCCCUGAAAACCCCAUAGUCUCGUGUUCAACUAAUUUGCCAGUCUCGAGUGAGACUGACGCUCCCACCAUAACAGUUAAAACGGCUUUGCAUUCUCCGCCUCAUGUUUCGCCCAAAAGACUUCAGUCAUCAGACACUAACACAUCUGUUUUCACGCCAGAAGAACGAAAGAUUGAACAAAAGAAUUCACAGCUUGAGAAGAAAAGUAUAAUGUCCAAAUCUUCACAUUUUGACUUUCUUGCAAAUAGUAUCAUUAUUACAGACGUAACGACUGAAAGGGGGACUGUGACUGUUAAAGAGUGUUCAGCUUAUGGGGAUUUCUUUGGUCCUGACCUCGAGAAGGGACAUUAGAAGUCGUUCAUUCAAUAUGCCAUUAAAAAAAGCUAGCAAAUAGCAUGUUACAGAUUUGCCCAACGUUUCGUAGAUGGUCUCAAUAAAAUGUCGAUGAAAUA